UCCUGCCACACAUUCGAGGCUUGUUGACGCGACUGAUUGCUGCAGGGCACGCGGACGGUAAUGUCGGCUCCUAUGUUGACCAACGGCCUCCCUCAGAAUAUCUCACCACAUCACGGGCCACGACAGCCUGUCAUGCAGGAGCUGCAGCAACUCAUUCUGCGAGCCAACUUUCUUAAAAAGAAUCCCAACGAGCAGAAAACACCUAAUGAGCUCGAAAAUCUGGUGAAAUACAUCCAGAGUGUCGGCAGUCAAAGUGCUCGAAAUCAUCCUCAAGCUGCGCAGCAGCAAACACAGCAACCACUGGUCAGCGGAAAUGGUAUCACUAAUGGUUCUACGACUGUCGUUGUCCCUCCAGUCCCCCCCCACACUCCCGUAUCCUUCACCUCCGACCAGAUAAAUCCUUCAAACUUCUUCAGUCGACAUCUUCCUGUACCCGACAAUGUACAGCAAGCCAUGCAGAUGCACAAUGCCGUUGCUGUCGCAGACGAGAAACGGCUUCAGUCCCCCGAUUCUACCUCUCGAGCGGCUGACGGCGCUGCGAAGGUGCCGAAAGGCGAGUCAGGGACACCAGCGCUCGAUGGUGGCAAGUCAGAGGAACCAGAAGAAAUAGAAAUCGAUCCCGCCGAUUUACCCAAAGGACCAUUCCUCGAGGACGAUGUCAAUUCGGGUAUAUACCCUUAUAACGCGUAUAGACACCCUUUUUCCCACCUCAAGCGCGGUCCCGAGACUGAUAAAACCAUGUUUUCCACUCGAUUACAACGUCUGCUUGUUCCUACCAUUAUGCCAGCUGGCCUUGACGCUAACCAGAUAUUGGCCGAACGUGACCUUUUCAUUGAAAACCGCAUCCAGCAGCGAAUCAGGGAACUGGAGGGCCUCCCUUCCACGAUGGGCGAUGGAGGCUUAGUUCCAGAUGUCGACAUUGAUGAGAUGGUCAAAGGCGAGAAGGAGAACACUCUGGCGAAUGACGCUCAUCUUGGAAGUCUUAUGCAUCCGAGUGCCACAUCUCAUGGUAAGCUCCGCGCCAUGAUAGAGCUCAAGUCGUUGCGUCUAGUGGAGAAGCAGAGGGCCAUGCGCGCUCUCGUGGCUGAACGACUUACCCACGGGUCUCUCCUUCCGCUCAACCGAGUCGACUUCAAACGCACUCGAAAGCCACACCCCAAAGAUGCGCGUAUGACCGAGCAGCUCGAACGAAGGCAGCGCACCGAUCGCGAGCGACGUGCGAAGCACAAGCAUGUCGAGCAGCUCAACGUUAUCACAGCUCAUGGACGCGAAGUGAUCGCUGUGAACCGUGCUGCUCAAGAGCGGGUUCUGAGAAUUGGGCGGGCCGUGUUGAGCUACCAUGUUCAUACGGAGAAGGAGGAACAGAAGAGGAUCGAAAGGAUUUCGAAAGAGCGUUUGAAGGCGCUGAAGGCAGAUGAUGAAGAGGCGUACAUGAAACUCAUUGACACGGCCAAAGACACUAGGAUCACACACCUUUUAAGGCAGACGGACGCCUACCUUGAUUCUCUUGCUCAGGCCGUCGUUGCACAGCAGAAUGAAGGUGGUCCACAAGAACACUUUCAAUUUGAAGUGGAAGAUGGUCCGGCCACAGAGGCUACAUUCGGUGCACAGAUUUCAGAAGACGCCAAUGAAGACAAGGCUAAGGUGGACUACUACGCUGUUGCUCAUCGCAUAUCCGAGAAGGUUACAAGACAGCCUUCUAUACUGGUCGGUGGGACACUGAAAGAGUAUCAGUUGAAGGGGCUGCAGUGGAUGGUGAGCUUGUAUAAUAACAGACUGAAUGGUAUUUUGGCAGACGAAAUGGGUCUCGGAAAGACGAUCCAGACUAUAUCCCUGAUCUCGUUCCUCAUCGAAGUCAAACGUCAACGCGGUCCUUACCUUGUUAUUGUACCUCUUUCUACCAUGACGAACUGGUCGGGAGAAUUUGCCAAGUGGGCUCCGUCCAUCAAGACUGUGUCGUACAAAGGCAAUCCAGCUCAGCGUCGCGCUUUACAGGGUGACCUUCGGGUGGGGCAAUUUCAAGUCUUGCUUACCACGUAUGAGUACAUCAUUAAAGAUCGACCUCAUCUCAGCAAGUUAAAGUGGUUGCAUAUGAUCAUCGAUGAGGGACAUCGUAUGAAGAACACUCAAAGCAAACUUUCUCAGACUCUCACUACUUACUACCACACCCGAUACCGCCUCAUUCUCACUGGUACCCCCUUGCAGAACAAUCUUCCAGAACUGUGGUCUUUACUGAACUUCGUCCUUCCCAAAAUCUUCAAUUCCGUAAAAUCAUUCGACGAAUGGUUCAACACUCCCUUUGCUAACUCAGGAACGGGCGACAAGAUAGAAUUGAACGAAGAAGAGGCUCUUCUUAUUAUCCGUCGUCUCCACAAAGUGCUUCGUCCUUUCUUGUUGAGACGAUUGAAGAAAGACGUCGAGAGUGAGCUACCAGACAAGGUCGAGAAGGUCAUAAAGGUCAGGAUGAGUGCUUUGCAAAGUCAACUCUACAAGCAGAUGAAGAAGCAUAAGAUGAUCGCAGACGGAAAAGAUGCUAAAGGCAAAUCGGGUGGUGUGAAGGGUUUGAGCAAUGAGCUGAUGCAGCUGCGGAAGAUCUGUCAACAUCCUUUCUUGUUUGAAAGCGUAGAGGACAAAGUCAAUCCCAGUCAAGUUAUCGACGAAAAACUUGUUCGGACGUCCGGGAAGAUUGAGUUGCUCAGUCGUGUACUGCCGAAAUUCUUUGCAGCAGAUCACCGAGUUCUCGUCUUCUUUCAGAUGACUAAAGUAAUGGAUAUCAUGGAGGACUUCUUGAAAAUGAUGGGAUGGAAAUAUCUUCGGCUGGAUGGUGGCACCAAAACAGAAGAGCGUGCAUCAUAUGUUCAGCUGUUCAACGCGAAAGAUUCGGAGUACAAAGUAUUCAUUCUGUCGACAAGGGCCGGUGGCCUGGGCUUGAACUUGCAAACAGCUGAUACGGUUAUCAUGAACCCUCAUGCUGACUUGCAGGCUCAAGAUCGUGCACAUCGUAUCGGUCAGACCCGUGCCGUGCUCAUUCUCCGAUUCAUCACAGAGAAGAGUGUGGAAGAAGCCAUGUACCAGCGUGCUCGCUACAAAUUGGAUAUUGACGACAAAGUCAUUCAAGCCGGUCGUUUCGAUAACAAAUCCACCCAAGAGGAGCAGGAAGAGUUUUUGCGUUCGAUCCUUGAGGCCGAUCAAGAGGAAGAAAAUGAAGAGGCUGGCGACAUGAACGACGAAGAGCUCAAUGCUUUGAUCGCUCGUAGCGAAGAGGAAGGAGAAAUCUUCCGACAAAUGGAUACUUCGCGUGAGCGCGAAGCUCAAGAGAAUUGGCGGAACCAAGGAAAGCGCGGCAAGGCACCACCUCCUUUGAUACAGCUCGAAGAGCUUCCUGAAUGCUAUCAGACCGACGAACCCUUCGAAACUAAAGAGACUGAAGAAAUAUUUGAAGGUCGCGGUCAACGUCGCAGGAAUGUUGUGAGUUACAACGAUGGCCUCAGUGAUGAUGCAUGGGCGAGGGCUCUGGAAGACGGCGAAGAUCUUGAAGAUCUUAGCGAGCGGCCGCGAAAGACGCGAAACAUCGCUAAGUUCAUGAGAGAAGGAGAGGCAUCUAGUCGAGGGACACCCGUCUCUGACUUGGACUCUCGACCGCGUAAAGGCCGCAAAGGCAAGGCCAAAGCUCAAGAUUACGAGGCUGCAACUGGUUCCAAGCGGAAGAGGGGGAUGAAAGCGAUGUCAGUAACCCCAUCCGCUGCAGGGGAUGACGAAGACGAGGACCGAAUAAGUAAACGCCGGAAGACGAAGACGGGGGACAUCUCUCCUGCACUGCGUGAGCGGAUGAAGAGGGCAUUCGAAGAAUGUUACGAUGCUGUGUAUGACUGCGAGGCUGAAGAUGGUCGGACACGGCGUGAUUUGUUCCUCCAACUCCCAGCUAAGAAGACAUAUCCGGACUAUUACCAACUUAUCUCCAGGCCUAUCUGCAUGUCGCAAAUCCAGAAACGAAGCCAAAGUUCGUUCUACAAAACCGUACAGCAAUUCAGGGAUGAUUGGAAACUCAUGUUCAACAAUGCGCGGACCUAUAAUCAAGAAGGCUCAUGGGUCUAUAAUGACGCGGAGGAAAUGGAGAAGGUCUUUGAUGCUGCAUACGAACGAGCUAUAGUUGGUUCGGGGUUACCCGGAGCGCCAUCAUCGGGAUCGUACGAUUCUGCCUUGACACCCAUGGACGACGACGAACGACCACCACCUCCGGUGCGUUCUAGAAGUACUGGUCGCAAGCAGGUCAUCAGCGACGAGGAGGCUGAUGAUCCAGAGUACCUUACUCCAAGCGACGACGAUUAAUGCAUUCUUUUACUUUGUUCUUGUCCGAUCUUUGUAGCGUUAUUGUAAACCGUAUCCUUGGAUUUAAAUCUAUAUUUGCUGUCAGGCUGUACCUUUGUUGAUACUUAAUACUUGCUUUUCGUUGUAGUUAGAG